AGGAGGCAAUGGCUCUUAUGCAAAACGUUAAAUGCAAAAAAGCACCGGGCCUUGUGGCCCUGCCCUGCCCUGCGGCAGCCAAACCUGUUCCUGCAUACCUGGCCAGGUGUGGCCAAGGAGGCGCCAGCAGUGGAGAAGCAGCUCUGGAGCCAAAGGAGGACCCAUUUCAGUGCCUUUCUGCCUGCCUUGAGUUGCCUUCAGAGGAGGUCUCACACAGUACAUGCCAAGAUGAAGUCUACUAUCACAGAGAUCCUGCUUCUCCUGUUGGCUGCUCUUCCUCUUCUGGAAGCAAAUGAUCCUACAGAUAAAAACAGUCCAUUCUACUAUGACUGGCAUUCGCUUCGGGUUGGUGGUAUGAUUUUUGCUGGCGUCCUCUGUUUUCUGGGGAUUGCUGUCUUACUGAGUGGAAAAUGCAAAUGCAAACCCAAGAGGAGAAGCAGCGUCCAGAUCAGUGUGGCACCAAGGGCUCCUCUCGCAGGAGAUGCCAGUGAGUGCUGAGUCAAGUUUAUGCUUGCUUUUGCUAACAUACCUGCCCCAUCCCAUGGCCGUGAAAUGUUUCCUCUCUCUUCUGGUGGCAACAGACAUUCUUUGACUAUGUUCCUGGGCCUUCACAUCAAGAUUCGGGGGUUUUCGAAAUGCAAUAAAAUGUUGCUGUCUUCAUGUCUUAAUCUAAGAUGUCUUAAAUGAAUUAACCUUGGCAUGUGCUGGGAGGGUUUUGAUCCAAGAUCUUUCCUCUGCGUGGGACCAAAUGAGUAGACAUUUAUCUUGGAGUGACACACACAUCUAAAUAUUAUAUCAAGAGCAUAACUGCAAAUAUGGUCUGGUUUUAAUUUUCUGAGAAGGAACAAAGGCAGGGAUCUUGUAACGGAGGACUCUAUAUAUUGUGCAUUCUACUACUCCCAAAAUACUUUAGGAAAAGUCAUAACAGUCUCACUGUUAUGUUGUUUUUGGAUUGUUUCAAACAGACACGAAUGCAUAUGUAGGCCCUUUAAUUUACAUGGAAUGGAAUGCUUGUGGUUAAAUAUCCAAUUAUUGUCUUAGAAUAAACUAUCUUGUUCCAGGAGUUUUGUCUAAAAUUUAUUUUAAAGCCUUUGAAAGAGAUUAAAAAGAUGACUUUUGAACAUGGUUGGGAAAAUUUCAGAAGUUGAAGCCCGAAAGAUAACAUUCUGAAGCUCUGCUAUUAAACUGCUAAACCAUCUUCAGAUCACAGAUAUAAAUAAAUCAGGUUUCCCACCUCAAGCUUCAGAGAAAGAGUCUAGACCAGGUAUGGUUAAACUUUGGCCCUCCAGGUAUUUUGGACUACCACAAUUCCUUACAGCCUCAGGCCCCUUCCUUUUCGCCCUCAGCCGCUUAAGCGGCUGAGGGCYAAAAGGAAGGAACCCGAGGCUGUAAGGAAUUGUGGGAGUUGAAGUCCAAAACACCUGAAGGGCCAAAGUUUAACRAUACCUGGUCUAGAAGCAGAAAUUAUUUAAGGACUCCAUACUUCCCAACUUCUCAGAUUACAGUUCACAACCCAGCGUUGUACAUUCUUUGACCUAAGUGGACAAAGAAAGCAAAUCAAUCCUGCAAAACAUGAGAGAAAGAAAUAUUUCCAUUAUUUAAGAUCCCUGGCAGCAUUCUCAAACUGCUGUCCUCUAGAUUUUAGAUCACAACACCCAUCAUUCUUCAUCAUUAUCAGUCCUAUCUGGGACUGGCUGAGAAAGAAGUGGAAUAUACCAAAGUGGGGAUGCUUGUUUGGUGGUUCAAAGUGAAAAUUCAUACAGAUAUGAUCGCUCUGUAAUAAGGUUUUUUAAAGUUGAAACCCUAUGCAUUUCAAAUGGAUUCCUUAGAGCAGUGGUUGUCAACCUUCCUAAUGCCACAACCCCUCAUGUUGUGGUGACGGUCGGCCAUAAAAUUAUUUUCAUUGCUACUUCAUAACUGUAAUUUUGCUACUGUUAUGAAUUGUAAUGUAAAUAUCUGAUAUGCAGGAAGUAUUUUCAUUCACUGGACCAAAUUUGGCACAAAUACCCGAUACGCCCAAAUUUGAAUACAGCUUGGUUUGAGGGGGGGUGGGGUGAUUUUGUCAUUUGGGAUUUAUAGUUAAUCUACAAUCAAAGAGCAUUCUAAACUCCAUCAAUGAUGGAAUUGAACCUAACUUGGCACACAGAAUUCCCAUGACCAACUGAAAAUACUGGAAGGGUUUGGCCGGCAUUGACCUUGAGUUUGGGAGUUGUAGUUCCCCUACAUCCAGAGAGCACUGUGGACUCAAACAAUGAAGGAGCUGGAGCAAACUUGGCACGAAUACUCAAUAUGUCUAAAUGUGAACACUGGUGGAGUUUGGGAAAAAUAGACCUUUGACAUUUGGGGGUUGUAGUUGCUGGGAUUUAGAGUUCACCUACAAGCAAAGAGCAUUCUGAACUCUACCAAUGAUAGAAUUGGGCCAAACCUCCCACACAGAACCGCAAUAACCAACAGAAAAUACUGUGUUUUAUUUUGGUCUUUGGAGACCCAUCUGACAUUCCCUUGUGACCCCCUCAGGGUCCCAACUCCCAAAUUGAGAAACGCUACCUUACAGUAUCUCCAUUAGGCCACCAAACUGAUGUGUGCAUCCUGACUGAUUACUUUCAAUUUGGAAGAUCUUAAACAAUUUUCAUGCAACUGCAUUUCUGCUUAUAACUGGUGUGUUAUAAAUCUCUGUUUAUUGUAAUACAUUGUGCUUUUAUUGCUUAUUUUUGUGUGAACCACUCUGUUGGGACUCUGUCCUACAAGGCAUAGAUAUCCAAAAUAAAACGAUGAAACAUUUUGUACUGAA